GAUUGUGAUACUCAAUUAGCAAGUGGACAAAUUAAAGACGGACUAAAUGAAGCCACUGUAUUAACAAAGUAUAUUACAAACAAUUUAGCAGGAAACGUGAAUGUCAUACAACUUGCGAAAUGUGAUAAAAAAAAAAUAAAGGAAGAUUUAAUUUUUCUGAGCAAUAAGUACAGUGGCAGUACCAUCUUAUUAAUUGGCGAUACCUUGAAUGAUAUUAUACAUGACGCAAUUGAAGAAGUUAUCAAUAAGAAUGUUCGUAUUGACAUAAACACGUUGAUAACAAGCUUAACAGAAGGACUAGAAUGUUUCAUUAUUCGGCCGAUAUGUGGAAUACUAAACAGGAGUCUUAUUAUUAAUAUGUGUGGCUUCUAUAGAAACGCGCAGGCAAGUUUGGAAGCAUUUGGAAACAGGAUAUUGGAUAUAUUAUGCUUGAUUAACAGUCCAGAUGAAGAGAUUUUUUAUGUAAAGGAGGAAGAGUGUGUUGACAGUUGUGUUGAGCCAUUUAAUAAUAACAAUGAUAAUAAUAAUGAUGAUAAUAAUGAUAAUAAUGGUAAUAAUUCUGCCAACGAAUUUGACAAUAAUGAUUGUAAUGAUGAUGAGCAAUUUGACAAUAAUAUUAAUGAUUUUGAUUCAUUUUAUAAUGAUAAUUCUAAACCAUCUACGAGUAAUGAUAAGACUAAUGAUAAUACUAAUGAUAUACAUGAUUUUGAUAAGAUGCCUAUGGAGGUCUCCUUCGAAGAACAACCGUUAAAAACACAGUUAUCGAUGGAUUACUUUUGUAAGAAACAAGAGGAAAGCAAAGUGGUAUCACUAGAAGACGCACAAAAUAUAAUGAAAACAAUAAUAUAUAAAUAUCAUAAAAUAUAUUCAGAAACCGUACGGACGAAUGAUGCCUAUGGUAGAGUAAUAGCCAAAGACAUAUAUUCUUCUGUAAAUGUGCCGCGUUGUUGUGUUUCCACUAAACAUGGAUACGCGGUGUUGGCCAGUGAUGGGAAAGGUGUCAGAAAGGUGUUGAAAGCAAAUCUCAUGUUAAUUAAAAAGAUUUCUAUCGUACCUGGCAUUUGCAUACGAGUAAGAAGUGGAGAUCCUAUACCCGAUGGAGCAACGGCGGUUGUAAAGUCUGUAAAUACAAAGAUAAUAGAUGAAGACGAUAAUAUAAAUUAUUUUAAUAUCGACAACAUGGAAUACGAAAUUAUGGUUUUAGUCGCUCCAAAAGAGGGUGAAAAUAUUAAAAAAGCUGGCUGCGAAAUAAAGUCCAACGAGCUUAUUAAAUACUCAUAUAGUCGUAUUAAAACAGCGGAUCUGGGCAUUUUGACAUUAUGUGACAUCGAUUCAAUUACAGUCAUUAAACUUCCAUCUGUGGGUCUGCUAUGUAUUGGUUAUGAUGUAUUAAGACCUGGAAACACUUCAACUUUAGGACGCAUCUACGACUGCAACAAGAUAAUUGUGUCCUCAUUAUUGAAGAAGAACGGUUAUAAUCUUAUGGACUUUGGAAUUUCGGCUUAUGAGCCAAAUGUUAUGCAAUACAGAAUCAAGGACGCUUUGGAGAAAGUUGACUUACUUGUGAUAAUAGGCCGUACGAAUGAUAAAGAUACAUUGAAGUGUACCUUAAAGACAUGUUUCGACGCUAAUAUACAUUUCGGUGGCGUGAAUAUAAAACCGGGGAAAUCGACAACAUUUGCAACAUGUAUGUUCAAUGAGAAGAGAAAAUUCUUCCUGUGUAUGUCGGCAAACCCAGCGACUGUACCCAUUAUCACGCAUAUAUUGCUUCUGCCAUUAUUGGACAUACUACAGGACAAUUCAGACAAUAAUAUCUUGAAGAUAGCGACUCGCAUAAAAACCUCUCACGACCUGCACCAGCGUCCAAAAUUUACGUGGACAUCCUUAGAGUGGUCGGAGAAGACGGUAGAUUUAUAUCCAAGUGCUCACUCCAUAAAUGUUGAACAUCAACACAUGACGAAAUAUCAAUUCAGUAACGCGCUUCUAAUGCUACCGAGACAUACGCCAGAAGUGCCAAAGUUAGACGCGGACUCAGCAUUUUUAACGGCGAUAUUUAUGGGCAACUGAAAAAUCUCCAAAUUGUUCUCGAUUGAUCAGCAAGACAAACGUUUGCAUAUAUUUGCAUUUAACUAUAUUAUUGAAU